CCCCACGUCAGGGUGACUUCCGCACUCGUUUCUGCGUGCGGUUGAAGUCACCCGAUUCCGCCCGCGACUCCUCCCGUCCCUCCUGGUGUGGAGUCCAGGUCGGACUCACCGCGCCUCCGAUUCGAUCCCCUCACGCCGGGGUUCACCAGGAAUCCAAGCUUGGAGAGAAGGGCGGAGGAAUUCUUCUGCAUACACAUAGCUUCGGAAUCACGCAACCGCGACAACGUCCGGAGCUAAGCCCGAGUUACUGCUGCGGCAUGAAGCCCAAGGUUGCCGGCGCCGCCGCCGCCGGCGAGAAGGGCCGCGGGGUGGACCCGUCGCUGCCGCGGUUCAAGUGCCAGGAAUGCCACCGGGCGCUCGUCGUCGUCGGCGUGGAGUCAUUCCCCGAUAGGUUGCCCGCUCACGCCAACUCUGGUAUGCAUGCAUCUUCUGUUCAGGGCAGCAUUAUGGGGGCGAGCAGGAUGGACAGUUCUUACGUUGUGUUGUCCAAGCAGAACAGACCUCAAGGCCCUGGUAUUCCCCCACGGCCACCUAGUGCAGCAGCCCGGCAUGUCGAGCCUAACCAAUCAACAAGAGCAAUGGAGGGGUCAUAUAUAAUGCUUCCACCUGCCGCUGCUUCCAUAUACAAGACAUCUACCUCCGAAGGAGGUGGCGCACAUCUGUCGCCUCCAAAUCUUAACUCUACUAGCCCUUCACCAGGCAACAAUUCUGGAUUUCACUCUAGUGUGACUGUCUUAAAGCGGGCAUUUGAGAUUGCUAGUUCACAAACUCAGGUUGAGCAGCCACUCUGUCUGGAAUGUAUGAGGGUGCUAUCUGAUAAGAUGGACAAGGAGAUUGAGGAUGUAAAUACUGAUAUCAAAGCUUAUGAUGCAUGUCUUCAACGCUUGGAGCAGGAAUCCUACAACAUCCUUAGUGAAACUGAUUUCCUCAAGGAGAAAGAAAAGAUAGAGGAAGAAGAAAAGAAACUAAAAGCUGCUAUUGAAGAAGCAGAAAAGCAGUAUUCAGAAGUUAGCUCUGAGAUGAAGGAUCUUGAAACAAAGUCUAAACAAUUUGAAGAAUUAGAAGAGCGGUAUUGGCAUGAAUUCAACAGCUUCCAGUUUCAGCUGACAUCUCACCAGGAAGAAAGAGAUGCGGUUAUGGCCAAGAUAGAAGUUUCCCAGGUCCACCUGGAAUUGUUAAAGCGCACAAAUGUUCUCAAUGAUGCAUUCUAUAUUUCACAUGAUGGAGUGAUUGGAACAAUAAACAGCUUCCGUCUCGGUCGUCUGCCUAAUGUACAGGUUGAGUGGGAUGAGAUAAAUGCUGCCUGGGGUCAGGCUGCUCUUCUGUUACACACGAUGGCUCAGUACUUCCCGAAAUUUCAAUACCGGAUCAAGAUUCACCCUAUGGGAAGCUACCCAAGAGUAACAGACAUCAACAGUAAUACCUACGAACUGUUUGGUCCUGUGAAUUUGUUCUGGAGCACCCGAUUUGACAAAGCCAUGACAUGGUUUCUCACUUGCCUUCAAGAGUUCUCUGAGUUUGCCAUAAGUUUGGAUAAAGAGAACAAUGUUCCAGCUGAAAAGUCACUGAAGCUUCCCUACAAGAUUGAUGGUGACAAAGUAGGGAGCUACACAAUCUUCUUAAGUUUUAAUAAACUGGAGAACUGGACAAAGGCUCUAAAAUAUAUGCUUUGCAACCUGAAGUGGGUUCUCUACUGGUUUAUUGGCAAUACAAGUUUCGCGCCUCCAUCUGCAUCUUUGUACUUGGCGCAGUCUCCAAACAAGAAGGGUUGAUGUGAUUGUAGCUGCAUGCUGACCAAUCACAAUACAAUAUGAAAUUUAUGUACAUAAACACCAGGCGUAGCUAGUUUCCUUGUUGCUUGCAAGUUAUCUGCCCAUUGUAUAUAAAUAUGGACUUGAGUGGGUUUCAUUAGUAUGUAGUACUACAGAGUGCAGAGAAAUUGGAAUGACAAGAAGAAUGCAGCGUUGUUUGCAUAUUUU